GGGUGUUCCGGUUCCUGUCGCCGCCUCCCUGGCAGUCGAGUGACGCUUGUGAGACCAUGGUGGCGAAGCAGCGGAUCCGUAUGGCCAACGAGAAGCACAGUAAAAACAUCACCCAGCGCGGCAACGUGGCGCGAAGCACUCGGCCCCUGCAGGAGGAGAAGGCCCCAGUCGCUCCCUGGUUGUUGGCUCUCUUCGUGUUUGUGGUGUGUGGAUCAGCGAUUUUCCAGAUUAUUCAGAGUAUCCGGAUGGGAGCUUGAAGGAUGAUCCGGCUGGUGGGAGCAAUUUUCCAUUCGCCUAUUGCCGACUGUUUCUCCUCUUCACUCUCUGAUUCCUGAUCGACUUCUGUCUGGACUGAACAACAAACUUACAGUCUUAUAUAUAAAUCCAAAUCUACCAUCAGUAUUUCCCAGUAAUAAGUAAGGCGGGUGCACAUUGUAGACAGUGAUAUAUAUAGAUAUAUAUAUACACAUAUAUAUAUAUAUAUAUAUAUAUAUAUAAGUAACUUAUAGAAUAAGGCAAAAAUAAUGGCAACCUGAGCAGUAUACAUAUUCCAGUCAUUUGCUGAUGCUCAGUGUAAUUCAUCACUUUUCUUCGUCCCUGUAAACACAAGGAUGUCCCUGCUUGUUCUUUACCAGUGCUGGGUGCACCCUCUCAAGGUUCCUUGCCAAUGUUAACCCUCAGUUUAGGAAUUCCUAACCUUUGUUAUGCCAUGGACCCCUACCAUUAACCGAGGGGUCCAUGACCCCAGGUUGCGAACACCUAUGUUCUGCUCGCUGUCUGGUAGCCUGGGUUUUUCUCAGUGUUUGUCUCUGUUUGCUGGAGCCUGAUCCGGGCAUUUCCCUGCUGUGACCACAAGUCAGUCAGCAUCUCCCAGCCCUCUGCCAUUUGCUGGGUUGUGGGGCUGACUCUGAAGGAACAGGAACACCUCUGUUGGGUUUUAAAAAGCCUUGCCAGUCCAAGUAAAUUAUUUAUGCACUUCCUCCUGUUUGAGGGAUAUAGUUUGGCAGGUUUUAUUCUUAUACUUAGACAGAAGUGGAAACAAGAUGCACUAUCGUUCUGCACACUGACUUGUUACGUAAACCUCACACUCUAGUAAUUCUGUAGACCGACCUUCACUUUCCGAGCCUGCAUCAUGGAGCAGAUGGCAGUCUGCUUGCACUGGGUUACUGAGGACCUCUUUCCUACAGGGACUGUCAAAUCCUGGCAGGCUACGAUACUGACAGGUUUAGUAAGGUGCUGGGUCACUGCAGGUCUCUUCAUACAGUCUCCUGUUCUCUGGUGUGCAGUGCAUCAUUCCUUCUGCCUCACACUCACAUUGGACUUGGCAGGAGCUGAUCUCGAGGGACCAAUCCCUGAUCUUUUCAACUGACCUGAUUAAUAAGCCCAGCCGCAAGCACGGCAGAUUUUUGUCAUAGGACCACUGACCAGGAUAAGGGUUUCCUUAUCCCUGCAUGUUCAUAUGGCUCCAUCCAACUCCAGUGGACACCUCUCCACUGUGCACUGUAAUCAGCUCCCCUGUAGGUUCUUGGCCAUUAUUGCAAGUGGCUUAACUCCUUAAAUCAUCUGUGUUGUCCUUGCCCUGGGAGUGUGUGAUGGGACAAUGUAGAGGGAGCUUCAGUCUGUGUCUGACCCUGGGAGUGUGUGAUGGGACAAUGUAGAGGGAGCUUCAGUCUGUGUCUGACCCCGGGAGUGUGUGAUGGGACAAUGUAGAGGGAGCUUCACGCUGUGUCUGACCCUUGGUUUGUGUUAUGGGAUGGUGUGGAGGGAGAUUCACUCUGUGUUUUCCUGGGGGGUGUGUGGAGGGAGGGUCAUUCUGUGUCUGACCCUGGGAUAGUGUAAUGGGGCAGUGUGGAAGGAGCUUCACUCUGUAUCUGAUGUCGGGACUGUAUGAUGGGACAGUAUCGAGGGAGCUUCACUCUGUAUCGGAUGUCGGGACUGUAUGAUGGGACAGUAUCGAGGGAGCUUCACUCUGUAUCGGAUGUCGGGAGUGUGUGAUGGGACAGUAUCGAGGGAGCUUCACUCUGUAUCGGAUGUCGGGAGUGUGUGAUGGGACAGUGUGGAGGGAGUUUCAUUCUGUGUCUGAUCCUGGGAGUGUGUGAUGGGACAGUGUGGAGGGAGUUUCAUUCUGUAUCUGACCCCAGGAGUGUGUGAUGGGACGGUGUGGAGGGAGCUUCACUCUGUAUCUGACACCGGGAGUGUGUGAUGGGACAGUGUGGAGGGAGCUUCACUUCUGUGUCUGACCCCGGGAGUGUGUGAUGGGACGGUGUGGAGGGAGCUUCACUCUGUGUCUGACCCUGGGACUGUGUGUUGGGUCAUUCUGUCCAAUGUGCCAUAUCUAUCCCUGUAAUGUUAUUUCAGCACAAGUAUCUUUAUAAAAGAAAAUAAUUAAGUUGUUGAAUGGAUAAUUUAAUCUGUAAAUAUCUGUCAUAGAAGCAAUGGUCUACUAAUUGGCAUUUCAGACCUUCUGUGGGUGGUCCUCCGACACUUGUACAAGUUCUGAUGCAGAGUAGAACCACCCUAGUCCUGUCCUACCCUGUGCCUUCCUGCGCUGGUGUGGUUUUGCUGGCCAUUUCCCAUGCCAGCUGUCCUGUGUAGGGGGGAACAUCACUGGAAUCUGGUCAGAGAGGUGUUGAUCCUCCUGCUGUGAAGAUCAUGAAGCAUUCUCACUCCAUCUGUUAAAAGAGAGAUUCUGGGCUGAUCUCUACUUUACCCCAGCAACCUGUAGCUCUUUGGACUCCAAUCAAAUGGACAAAUUAUUGUUUUCCCCAGAGUUACCACUGGCUGGACAGGUCUUUGCCUGUUGUCACCACAGUACAGCCACUCUGACAGGUUCAGGGAGUGAUGGACUGAGAUGAUCUGUGAUCUGGGCAUGUACCCCUGACUUCCAACUGGUUGGCUGCAGGCUUUCUCUGAUCACCAUGGAAACGCAGACCUCCACUCCCUGGCUGGUCUGUGGCUCGGUAAGAACAGGGACCAGAGAGUAGGCAUAUCUCACUUAACCCCUGCACCAGCUUGAGAAGUACCUUGAUGUCAUGACAACCAGUGACCAGGGUUUGAAAGUUUCCUCUGGUAAUUGGCCUGGGCCUGGACUGGAUCAAACCUGUUCUGCUGCUUGUUAGACCAGAGUCUCAGUGGAACUGUGGCAACACUGUACUACUGACUCCCAGCACAGCACACGCACGGUGGGUGGGGGUGGGAUGUUGUGUGUGCCAACACUGCCCUCCACCUGAUUGUACAGUCAGUGACCAGCUUCUGUCCAAUCAGACAAUCCAUCUCCCAGUGGUCAUUUGGGGAUGGCACAGUAGCCUAGCAGUUAAUGUAACUGUUUACAGCGCAGGCAACCCAGGUUCAAUCCCCACUGUUGUCUGUAAGGAGCUGAUACAUUCUCCCAUGACCAUGUCGGUUUCUUCUAGGUGCUCCAGUUUCUUCCCACAUUCCAAAGACGUACGGGUUAGUACCUUGAUUGGUCACGAGUAGUUGUAUGGCACGGACUCAUUGGGCCAGAAGAGCCUGUUACUGUGCUGUAUCUAAGUACAAUUACAUUUUACUGGCAUUUGGUUGAAUUUUACAUUUGAGUUCCCAACCCCUAAAGGGUGAAUUUUGUACUCAAUGCUUCUGCCAUCCUGGAACAUUUGUAUUUAUCAGCAAUAAAGGAUGUACUUGCCUUGUUGUAAAUGAU